CAUCAUCAUAUCUAUGUCUACAAACUGUAAAACACAGUGUAAAGAAAAUUAUGUUCGUACAACCAACAGUUAUUUCAAGUAAAACUACUUUGACCCUCCAUUCUUCCUAGUGACAAGUAUCUGGAGGAACGCGCCAACACUGCUGUCAUGCCAGAUGUUGACCAGGACCUUUUCCUCUUGUUACACUUGAACCAAACAGAGCUGGACCAUAUUAAAGUGGACAAUAUGUGAUGGGCGCUUUCCACUUUGUCCAAUGUCAAAUAAAGUUGUCAAACGUCCCGGGGUGGGUGUCGGCGUUCUGGUAACAGACUCGCUCCACCCUGGAUGUGUUCUCCUUGGGAAACGGAAGAGUGCAAUGGGAAAAGGGACAUAUCAGCUCCCCGGUGGUCAUUUGGAGUUUGGAGAGACGUGGGAGGAAUGUGCUCACAGGGAGGUCCUGGAAGAAGCUGGUGUGUAUUUGGUGAACGUCCGAUUUGCAUCAGUGGUAAACUCCAUCAGACUGGAAGAGCAGUACCACUAUGUCACCAUCAUUAUGCAAGGAAAUGUGGACAGGAAGCUGUCAGGAGAGCCUGAGAACCUGGAGCCAGAGAAGAAUGAGGGUUGGACAUGGACACCCUGGGAUGAGUUUCCUCCAGAGCAGCAACUCUUCCUGCCACUGGCCGGUCUGAGACAACAGGGCUUCCAGCCAUUUAGGAAAACAGACAAAAACUCUGAAGAUCAGCCUUGAACCUGCACGUUACCUUGAAAAACGUAUCCUUCUACUGAGGAUAAACAAACGUACGGUUUUGUUGUCCCCAUGAUGUCCUCAUGAGCUAAACAUGCUGAUUAUCUCCAUGGACUUUGGUGCAGGUGAGCUGUCAUUGAUACGGAUAGGCUUCGGUGGCAAGAUAAAUGAUUGAAAUCAGAUUUCCUGGUGUCCCAGCUGGCAGCCAUUUUAUUACCAAGGGCAAAUCUACCAUGUUCUAGGUGUAUGGGGCACACACAGUGUCUUUAUACCUCAUAAUACAACGCUAUAUUUUUAAGAAACUGUUUGUACACAUACAGUAGAAUAAUAAUAAGACAUUAAGAUUGUUGGUAGGCGAAAAAUAUAAUGUAGUUACAAUAAAGUAAAAUUGGAAUAUGA